AGUCAUGUGAUGAGUAAACUCAGGACUGGGUUAGCAACUGCACUGUUUACCUUCCGCUGUAGCCGGAAGUAGCACAGCGUUACCUGAUAUUUCUCUCAAAAUGUAUUCUCACGGUUCAGAAAGUCUAAUUAAACAAGCGAGAGAGAUUCAAGAGCCUGAGCUGCAGAAGUUUUACAGCAGACUCUGUAAGCUCCUCCAAGUGAAGGAGCCCCUUCAUGAAGCCAUAGACUCUCUGGGGAGGCUGCAUCUCAUUCUUGCUGCCAACAAGUACUCCAGAAAGCUGCCUUCAGAGCUUCAGCAGAGGCUGGUGCCACUUCUCUCAUCGCCUUCAGAGCAGCUUCAGGUCCUGAGCUCUGCAGUGCUCAGAGAAACAGUGCCCCUCUCUGCUCAGGAGCUGAACUACAACCCGGACAACGUUGGCGUGCUGAACACCCACUCUGCCUCCCUGCUGCUCUCGCAGGCCGGGACAAAGGCUGAUCUGUCGAACCUCUGCGCUCAGCUAAUUCGCAGUCUGGAGAGCCGGCCAUGUCACGGGCUCAUGCAUAUCCUUCCAGUCCUCAAUGCCAUCCUCUCACACAGUCCAGACUGCCUCACAGAGGACCAUGUGACCCUCCUGAGCAAAAAGCUUGUUGACUGGCUGCGCUAUGCUAGCAUUGUGCAGGGAGGCGGAGCCUCUUCGGGGGGAUUCUUCACAGGGUCCAGAUCCCGUCAGCCGGUGCCAAUCGCAGAGCUGGACGGGACGGUGUCGGGGGACUUCUUCACAGUGCUCUGCGUGGGGCAGGGCUUCACAGAGGACCAGUGGAUGAAUGUCUACUCCUUUCCCAUGCUGCGCCACUGGCUUCUCACCUACCACUCUGUGUCUGGCGACAGUGCUAACAUGGACGCUGCAAACAGGCUACAGCUCAGCCUCUCCCACUCAUUUUCCAAUGUCCUGGACUCUUCACACGUCACAGAUGACCGGUCGGAGGUGGACGGGUCAGUGGUUUCCAUAGUCUCUGCGACAUCUUCCUCCAGCCGCCUGCUGCCCCCAAAGGAGCGUCUGAGAGAGAAGGCUUUCCAGUACUGCCAGCGCCUCAUAGAACAGUGCGAUCGCAAGGCGCACAAGAAGAUGGACACAGAACUGCAAAAAGCGUGUCUGGUGGAGGCGGUGUACAUCUUGGACUGUGUGUGUGUGGAGGACCCCUCUCUGGUCUACCGAGCGUUCCCCUGCAUAAAGGCUCUGUUUGGCCGGCUCAACUCUGAGCUGUCGUUUGCCAGGGUUAUGGUGCCUAUAGCGCAGUUCUACCUCAACCAUGGGGAGCUGGCAGCAGUGGACUGCGACGCCGUGUGGAAGCUGGUGCUCGGCCGGUUUCCCGCCGAGCUGUUCAACGAUCCCUUCCUGGCGCACGAGCUCCUGCGCUUCCUCCGACUGCACGCGGACAGCGUACGGCAGAGGGCCCCGCAAUACACGCGCUCCUUCCCUAACCUCCUAAAGUUUUUAGCGUGGGACAGCCCGGCGGUGGUGGACGACUUCGUGGAUCUGCUGCCCUCUCUGGUGACCGCUGGUACUGCAGUGGAGCUGCUGCACACGCUGCUGGACCUGCCCUGCCUCUCGGCCACUCUGGUUCUGCAGCUCAGGUCUACCAGCGUGUCCAUCUCUGAGCCCAGCGGCCGAGGCCUUCGGUCCCUGGACGCGUUCCGAAACCCCACUUUUAGAGGACUUUUCCUCUUUCUGCUCCGGGGGGAAGCAGGCUCAGGUGACACAAUCGAGCGGCUGAGCAAGCUGCACGAGCUGUUAUCCGAGGCUGCCGACUGGCCCAGAGUGGUUAGGUGUGCCCAGACGGUGCCUGUCCUGUUGCACAUCUAUUUCAACUCGGUUAUCAGGGUGGCGGACGAGAAACUUUUGGCCCAGUUGAUUCUGGUGAUGCUGGAGAGAAGCAGCCUCCUCCUAAAAAUUGCCACAUACAGCAAGGAGAUACACAGGGUAUUCAGCUGCCACCUGCUGAGGCUGUGCAAGCUCCGCCCCUCCCUGGUGGUGGAGCAGGCUCACGAGCUGCUGGAGUUCGCAGGGAGCACCGCCAACGUCUACAGCAGAGAAGAAAUCUACACCCACGUGGUGUGGGUGCUGGGGGAGCACCUGUCGGCGUCGUCCCACCCCCGCUGCUCGGUGAGGCUCAUCACGUCCUGCUUCGAGUCGCUGGAGGCGGUGCUGUUCGAGAUCACCUCGUCCACGCCGCCGGCCGGAACCCCGUGCCCCGCCCCUAAAGUCAUCACCUGUCUGAUGAGCGCUCUCGCUAAGCUAGCAUCACGAUCACACGACCUCAUACCAAGGGUGUCUCUAUUCCUGUCCAAGCUGAGGACGGUGAGCAGAGGCGGGUCGGUGGCCUGGUGCGCCGAUGAGGAGGACCUCGCUGCCAUAGUGACCAGAGGGGAGGAGCUGUGGUCGCUGCUGAAGGCCCCCGGCGUGGCUCAGAGCGUCCUGACCCCGCCCGCUCACGUCACCACCCCGCAGUGGCACGGUGACAGCAACCUGAGCAUGCCGCUGCAGCUCCGGCUCCUCACCAGCCUCACACACUCGCAGUGACACAGGCCGCGCUCACCUCAGGGCAGCGGAGGCACAAACUCAACCACUUUGAUUUUUUUUUUUAUAUUUGCACAUAAUUUUUUUGUAAAUGAAUAAUUAUGUUGAAUCUCAGUGCAAUGAAAUCAGUAAAUAUACAAAU